CCUCCUCCUACUUUGCUUCCCCACAAACCUCCUCAUACCCUUCCUGCUUUCUUACCUCACCUGCCAGUCUCUCGUUAAUCGGCAUUAUUUCCACCACUGUCGCUCCUCAAGCCACUCGCAAGCCUCCAGCUUCAGCAACAGGGCCAACUUUUAUUUUAAUACCUCUCCCAUCUGAUACUUAUAUUUCGUCCGCCGCCCGACGACAUCUUUGUAUCCCACAAACCCCUUUCGCUUAUUCGACCGACGUACACGAAUCGCAGCCAAAAUGUUCUCCAAGAUCCUCUCCGUCGCUACCGUGGCUCUUGCCACCACCUCGCUGGUCUCUGCCCAGACCUUCACUACCUGCGAUCCUACCAAGAAGGACUGCCCCCCCGAUCCCGCUCUGGGCAAGUCCGUGAGCAUCGACUUCACCAAGGGCAACGAUGAUUCCAUCUUCCGCAAGCUCGACGGUACCUCUGUUAAGUUCGAGGAUGGCGGUGCCCUCUUCUCCAUCGGCAAGGAGACGGAUGCCCCCACCAUGGCCUCCAAGAAGUACAUCUUCUUCGGCAAGGUCGACGUCGUCCUCAAGGCCUCCCCUGGCCAGGGUGUAGUCACCUCGGUCGUCCUCCAAUCUGACGACCUCGACGAGAUCGACUGGGAGUGGGUUGGCGGCGACAACGCCCAGGUCCAGACCAACUACUUCGGCAAGGGUGACACCAGCACCUAUGACCGUGGUGCCUACCACCCUGUGAGCAACCCCUUGAGCGAGUACCACACCUACACCAUCGACUGGACCCAGGAGUCGGUUAAGUGGAUCAUCAACGGCGCUCUCGUCCGCGAGCUCAAGUACGCCGACGCCAAGGGCGGUGCCAUGUUCCCCCAGACACCCAUGGAGGUCAAGAUCGGAACCUGGGUUGCCGGCCGCAAGGACGCCCCCAAGGGCACUGUCGAGUGGGCUGGUGGUUACACCGACUUCUCCAAGGGCCCCUUCAACGCCUACUACCAGAGCAUCACUAUCACCGACUACCAGGGCAACAAGGGUGCCAAGGGCGCUAAGGAGUACGUCUACGGCGACCGCUCCGGCAGCUGGGAGUCCAUUAUCGUCAAGACCGAGGGCGGCAGCGACGAUGACAAGUCUUCCUCCGCCAGCAAGACGGCUUCCAAGACCGAGUCCAAGACCACUCUGAGCACCGUCACCGCCUCUGGUUCCGCCUCUGGUUCCGCCACCGCUUCCGCCGCCGCUUCCGGUGAGGCCUCUGCCACCGAGGAGGCCUCUUCCACCGCCACCGGCUCCGCCUCCUCCGGCUCUGGCUCUUCCGGCUCUGCCUCCGCCGCCUCCGGCACCACCGCUGGCGCCACCUCUGCUCCUACGGCCGUCACCACCAACUCGGGCUUCGCGACCAAGGCCAACCUUGCCCUCGGUGCCGCUGGUCUUUUCUUCACCUUCCUGCUGUAAGCAGGUUCUCCGAAACCCGAAUGAACGACCGUAUGUGCGCCUAAAGACAAUGCAAAAGAAUCUGGCGAAGGAGAGCGGAUUGUACAAUUCUUCACUUUCAACCACGAGGCUUGUCACGACGGAGCCACACAAGCUUCCCUCGGCGUCAUGAGCGAGGAGCCGAGGCCAACUUUGACUUAAUUUGGUACUUGUAAUGAUGGCCCCCUUCGCGGAAGCUCCGUGGGGAUAUUGGGGAAGACACCAUUUCCCGCGACGGCCUUGCGAAUGUCGGGGUGUUUUUCACGCGAGGGGAAGAGGAGACAAUGGAUUCAUGUCAGCAAGGAAACAAGGGCAUUGAUUUCGGACCGAAUUGGUUUAUAGAAGUUGACGGUGGGAUAUGAUACCUGAGAGAGAGUGAGUGAGAGAGAAAGAGAUGGUCGAGGAUGCCUGGAGUCAUUUCGCCAAGGUAGUCCGACGAGUCGAAUUCAAAUUCUUGACAAACAAUCUGCCUCCCUGCGCUACCUACCGUGGUGAUGAUUUCCUUGUGUAGGUGCUCGGCAUUCUUAGGCCAGAUUUUGACUGGUAUGAGAUGGCUUGGGCGUCUUGCCGAUGUGAAAAUGAAGAGGUAGUGUAAUUUCGCUGUGUGUUUGGAGUUAAGGAGCGUCGACGGGGCCCAUUUCGCCCGUGUUAAAUGGUCGCACAGAUACACACAUGGAGGAUUUGGCAUCUGAUUCAAAGAGGAGAGGGGGGCCGGUGUGCCCAGGGUCAAGUUCCCACGCUCUGCCUUAUCCGGACCUAAUUUCCACCUCUGCGCCGCGCCGCUGUUUCCCCCAAGAAGCAAAGUCCACCCACCAGCACGGCACGAUUGAAGCCGAGGCGACGGGAAAAUCCCACGACAGGGCCGGCUGCUAGCUGCACUUGCCUGCGCCGCGGCGGCCUGAACAGACACCUUGAGCGAUAUAUCAUCCGGGCGUGCUCUGGCGGGGUUUCCUGAUGCCAUUCCGUAACUCAACAACGAAUGUUGGGCAGUAAUAGCGUGCGGGCGAAAAGUACCGUGCAGUCGCCAUCUCGAGGGGGCCAAGCCGGGGUUAAUCAAACUUGCUGGGUCAAGGCCGUAGGCUAGGCGAUGCCCUCCCUCCGCCCUGCGGCAUAAUGUCUCUGGCAUGCAGGCGAUCCAACAGGCAUAAGCAAUGGCGGUCUUGGUCCUCGCCCGGCCUGUGUGGCUUCUUCAUUUGACUUGUCCGAGUCUAUUGAAGUAUUACCGCCAUCGAAUGAAGGCAGACAAGCAGACGGCUGGCUUGUUGCCCGGAUUUCUCGUCGCUCGCCUGGGCUCUGUCAUGUUGCUUCAGCGAUAUGGGUUCACGAAAAGAUGCUGGUGCCGCUCGUGCCGUCCAACAGCAACCACAAAAUGUCCAAAAUAUCCAAAAUAUCCACAUGCCCCCCUUCCCCCCGAC